AUGGCCUCUGAGAACCCUGUCCCGAGCCUCGAUGGCCUCUCGGUCGGCCCUCCAUCGGACUCCCAAAAUAUUACCCCGCCAGGUCAAAUCCUGACGGGAAAGCAAGAACAUUAUCUGAAGCGCGAACUCAUCGCACGCCAGGUGCAGAGCGAGAUCGCCGAGUUGAACUCACCAACCGCCCUCCGUCGUUUCGGUGCCCCGUUCAAGUCGGAAUUCGGCGAAGUCGCUCCUGUGGAUUCAGAACUCCCAAUCCUCCGUCACAUCUUCGUUCACCAUGUGCGCAACUUCCCCUUUCUCGACAAGGCCCGCGAAAAGGAGUUUUGGCAGGACAAGUUGCAGGUGUUUCUCGAGUCAUUUGCGAAGAAAAAUGUAUCGUCAUCGGAAGACCGCUUGGAGGAGACGAAGCGCCGAAAGCUGGCUAGGAAGUGCGAGAAGCUCGUCGAGCUGAUGAUGGUGUCGGGCAUCCCCACCGCAUCGGGAUAUGAAGAGCGGAUACAAUUUUCGGAAAUGGAGGUCGUUGACCGUGGUGCCAAUGAAUCGGGACUUCUGGUCAAUAUGCCGGAAGGGAAUGCGAUCCAUGGAUGGGACAUCAAUGUGGCUGCGGUGCGCGUCGCUUCCGUGAGGCGAACAGUGCGGUACCAUCAGCAUGCGGAAUUCAUUAUUCGCGUGCGGCGGGAAGGGAAGUCUGACCUCUUCGUGGCUCGGCGAUAUGGCGAAUUCUCGAAGCUUCAAAAACGGCUUCAAACCGAAUUCCCUGGCAAACCAAUGCCUCCUCUGCCGCGCAAGAAUAAGACCUCGACAUCUUCCAGCUUUUUCUCAUCGGCGGAUGACGAUGCGUCUUCAGUAUCCUCGUUGUCCACCCAGAGCACAAGUACCCCGGAAGAAAGCCAAAGCCAAAGCUCAAGCUCAAGAAAUUUGACUCCCGGCAACCACAAUCUCCGCCGUUCGGUGUCGCGGUCAUCUAUGAGAUCCGCCCUGGGAAAGUCCCCCAAGAGCCCAAGAGCUUCAGGAGAAGUUUCUCGCGAGACUGUUCUAUACAGAGAGGAGCAGCGGGUGUCGCUCCGAGCGUUCCUUCGCACUCUAUUGCAAAACAAACGAGCGGCCGAAUCCAAAGCCCUCGAAGAAUUUCUUACUGCUCAACCUGUUGUUCUGAAUGAGGAAGAGAUGAUAGAUAUGCAAAGGCGAAAAGAAGCAGAUGCCAUUAGAAUAGAGGAGCAGAAGCGUUUCUACGAGAUUGCCCGGCAGCGGGCAGCUGAGUUGGAUGUUUACAUGGAAAACUUCCGUCGAGAUAUUGUGGAGAGCAAUGGCUUGACCAAGCUCUUUUCCGAGAUUCGCGAAAAGCCGACAGUCGAGGAUCUCAGCCCUCAAUACCAGAAAUUUGCUGAAUGGCUUCGAAUUGAGGUUGCUGCGACACUCUACCAUUUGUUCUUAGCCGAAGACAAUUCACCGGAACUGUUUGCGCAGGCUAAGCGGAUACACUCUCUUGUCCCGUAUACAUUGAUGAAGAACGUGAUCCGUAUCGCCAAUCCCGCCGCUGUGAUGACCGGGGUUCUAGACCUCUUCCUGGCCCAACCCUUUGGGUCGCGGUCUCUCUUGCAGCGCAUCUUUUCGAUGACUCUGAAUGACGGCAUCAAGGCAUUCCAAAAGUCGAUUGACGCGCUGGCCGCCAAGGUUGACGACCCCAUUCUCUGCCAAAAGCUGAAGGCGUUCACCGAUGCAGACGAGACGGUCAAGAAUGAAAUCCGUAGCGAAGCGACUAUGGAAGACGUGGAUCUCAUCGUUGCCAUUCUCCGCUCUGAAUAUCUUGUCCCGGAAAUUACCACGGAACAAGUCGGAAAAGUAUUCAAUGCCUAUGUUGCUUGGAACUUCGCAGUCGAUAAUGUUGAUCAAGAGAUGCAAGAGGGUGCUCAGUGGUUUGCCCACUUGAAACAGCUACUCAAGCUCUACACAAGACAACGAGAUAAGGCCAUGAUGCUGAGCAUUGUUGAAGAGCCGGUCACUCUUCAGCUGUUCCGUGAUCUCUUCACCAUCUUCUAUGAGCCUCUUGUGAGAGUGUACAAGUCAGCCAAUGUCUACAACAGUAUCACCGAUUUCGCCCAAUUCGCCGAUGAUGCGAUCGCUGUCAUUGAGAAGUGCCAGAGACAGGAUGUGUCUGCCGAUCCCAACCAAACCGUCCAGGCCUUUAUCGAUCUCUGUGAACGCCAUCAGAGCAGUUUCUACAAGUUUGUACACGAGGUCCACUUGCAUGACAACGGUCUGUUCGGCUCUUUGAUGGCGUGGAUAGAAGAUAUCCUGGAAUUCUUGCGCCACGGACCGCAGGGUGGCCGAUUGGACAUGAACGCCCUCCUGCAUGGGGCUAAGGAUGUCGGGCAGAUUGAUAAGGACAAGGCGCUGCAGGAGAUCAAUGCCUUGAUUAAAUGGCAUGAGGAUCGCAAACGCUGGCACCUCAACAAGACCCGGCAAAAGAUGGCGGCUGAAGGUACCGGCAAUGAGGCAUUCCCUGGCAGCGCAACGUUCAGGGGAAGCGAUUUCGGAUUGGAUGAGGGCGACCUGGAAGAUCUCGCCAUCUCUGACGAUGAAUCGGAAAACUCGGAGGAGCUCGACGAGGAGGACGAUCUUGACCCCAUCAACGCCGAACGAAGACGCCGGGUGAAGCAACAGGAUCAACUCCGCCGCACGGCUGGAGAGCCCGUGAAACCGGAAAUCCAAGAAAUCCUCAAAUUGUCGGAUUCGUUCAGCAUCAUGCUGCGGCAGGUUCUUGCAGAAUAG